UGGAUCUUGUACAUUCUUUUUCCCCUACCGUGUGAUAAAGAGAGGAAAUAGUUGCAGUUAUGGAAGAAGCACAAGCACAAGUAAAGGUGCACACAAUCUCAACUGUAGCACCGACAAUCCCAACAGAAAGGCACUCAAUGUUUCUGUCAAACCUUGAUCUUCUCUGGUUACCAAUCAAUAAUGUUCAGAGGAUUCUCUUCUAUACAAUCUCCCCUGAAAACCAAUACUCUUCAAUAGUAGAAAGCUUAAAGAAAAGCCUCUCCUCAGUCCUGGUCUAUUUCUAUCCAUUGGCUGGCCGGUUAGACAAGGGAGAAUCAGGCAGACCAGAGAUCGACUGCAAUGAUGCAGGGGUGGAAUUUUUGGAAGCAUCAAUAGAUAUGCCCUUCUCCUCCCUGGAAAGAGAUGGGUUUCAGUAUAAGCCCUUUUUUCAAAACCUGGUGCCCAAGGUCCAUCCUUUACAGGACCACAACUGCUCUACACCAUUUCUCUCUGUGCAGGUAACAUCUUUUGAGGAAGGGGGAAUAUGCAUAGGAACCACUCUUCAUCAUGUUAUAGCAGAUGGGAACUCGUGUUGGCAUUUCAUGAAAUCAUGGGCAGAGUGUAGCAGAGGCCUCCCGGUUUCGAAUCCUCCCCUGCACUGUAGAACAGUCUUCAAACUAGAAAACAAGAAGCCCAUUCCCAUUUCAUACAAACCCCAUGACGUAGUAAUCAAUGGGAUUCCAGGGGCUCAGAUUUACAAGUUCUUACCAGAUGACCUACAACAAAACUCAGAAAAAACUAGUGCUGAACAAGCAUUGGAGCUUGAAGUGGGUAUUCAAAAAUGGCUGGGGCACAAUACAGAGCCCAUAUACUCAACCUUCUGCUUUACAGAAAAGAUGAUCAGAGACCUGAAACAGCAGAACGGGACUUCAAGCUCCUUCAUUGCAGUAGCAGCACAGUUUUGGAGAUGCCUAACCAGGGCUCGCGAAGUGCCGGAUGAAGAACCAGUUGUAUUUGCACUUCUGGCCGAUUGCAGAAGCCGUGUAAAACCUCCAUUGCCUAAGGCUUAUUUUGGCAAUUGUUUGUCUUCGGGUAUUGUUCGUACAGCAGCAAAAACGUUGCUUGGAAACAAUCUCUGCUUUGCUGCGAGCCUUAUACAGGAGCUCAUCAAUUUCUGUACCACCGAAGAGCAGAUUAAAAAUACGGUAGAUUGGCUGGAAUCUCCUGAUAGCGGUUUAGCGUGGUUGUUUCAUGAAUUUGCAGGGCUUUGUUUUACUAAUGUGGUAAGUUCUCACAGGUUUCCAGUUUAUGAGAUUGACUAUGGGUGGGGAAGGCCAUUGAAUGUGCAGACAGCUUCCAUUAAUGAAAAUGGGGCAAUGGUUUUGUUUGCUGCAAAAGAUGACGGAGGAAGCAUAGUUGUGUCCACUCGCCUUCCUAAACAUCAAAUGGAAAUCUUAACUCAUCUCCUCUCUGUUCCCCACUGAAAGAUUUAAUCUUAUUGGCUAAGCUUACUAAAGGAGAUUGCAUAUCUUUGGUUCCAUUUAAGCAAUUAAUUGUAGAGAAGCUUUUCUCCUGAGACCGUUUUAAUGAGUUGCAGUCAUGUCUACAGUCCGUAUUUAUUGCUUCACAUGAUCCGUUGUCAGAAUCGGUAUAAAACGAGAAAUUUUCUAGCUUUGUUUAUACAUUUUUGGUGUGAUCUUUGCUACAUUGUGUAUUUCUAAACUUUGAUACAAUUGGCUUUUGUUAUCAUUAUAUUCUUGUCUUAAUGAUAAACUUUCUUACUUUUUUA